CUGGUGUUCAAUUUUCGGUUGAACUUUCUAUGCCACUUUAUCCUCAGGACCUCAACCACCUCUCUCGCAUUCGCACUCUCUCCCCGCAAAAUCUUUUACCUCUUCCUAAUCUCUACAGACGGAGGGGGAGAGACACCAGAGAGGCCAUGGAAAGGCUUCUAUACUCUUCUUCUCCAACCCCUUUCAAGCUCCACCCAAAACGUGCUCUCUUUGUCCCUCGAUUCGGCGGGCUUGACUCCGCAAGACUUGGCUUUCUCCAAACAAUUCCCUCCGAUUCCAGACGGGUAAGCUCUUUCUCUUGUAAGAACGAUGAUCCAUCUCCUUCUUCUUCUUGUUCAUCGUCUGGAUUGAGAAAUUCACCAGCUCUGCCUUCUUCCCGGCUCGGCUCGCCAAAUGGGCCGGUGCGAAAACCCCAUCUUCUCAAACAGAUCGCAGUUGGGACAACUGAGCAACGAAAGGUCGUCACUGCUGGGACAUUUAUGGUAGUCUCUGCUUUAAUUAUGAUCGUACUCCAGCCAGUUUUUGCGCCGGCAGCUUUUGCAACAUUUCAAAGUGCAUCUAAGGCAGGGGCUCCUGGUGCUGCUGCAGUUGGGAAAAGACUGAUUCGGACUGAACUACUUAGUAGUGCUUGGACUGGUUUCUUUGCUGGUUGCUUACACACACUAUCAGGACCUGACCAUCUUGCUGCGUUGGCCCCACUUUCAAUUGGUCGUAGCCGCAUAGAAAGUGCUGCUGUUGGAGCCCUUUGGGGUUGUGGCCAUGAUGCUGGUCAGGUAAUUUUUGGCUUGAUAUUUCUACUCUUAAAGGAUCGGCUUCACAUUGAAGUAAUCCGAACUUGGGGCACAAGAGUAGUGGCCAUUACCUUACUCGUUAUUGGUGCUAUGGGCAUUAGGGAAGCAUCAGAAGUCCCCACCCCAUGUGUUGCUUUAGAAAAUGGGGAGUGUGAUGUUGGUAUUUAUGAAGGGCUUGAAAACCCAACGGUUGGGAAGAAGAAGAUUGGUUUUGCAACUUUUGCCACGGGAAUUGUCCACGGGCUUCAGCCAGAUGCAUUGAUGAUGGUCUUGCCAGCACUUGCCUUGCCUUCUCGCAUUGCUGGAGCUGCAUUUCUUAUUAUGUUCUUGCUCGGGACCGUCAUUGCAAUGGGAAGCUAUACAGUGUUUAUAGGUUCGUGUAGUGAAGCAUUAAAGGACAGAGUUCCAAGAAUAACUGAGAAACUCACAUGGGCUUCUUCCCUUGUAGCAAUUGCCCUUGGAUUUGCCAUACUCAUUAGUCAGUUUUUUGGCUAUAGCCUAUAUUAGUGCAUUUGAAAACCUCUUUAUGAGUCUUUUUGUGGCAGAUUUCAGACAAAUAGUGCUCUACUUUUCUCUUCAUUCAAGUUAUUGUGUGUUUUGUUA